GAUAAAUAUCAUAUUACGACCUUUUUAGAAUAUAAAUACACUGUCGAAUUAUUCUCAAUACGUUAAAUGAAUAAAGCUUUUCGUACAAGUUCUCCAUAUAUUUACAACUAAAAUAUUGAAGAAUGAAGAUUUUCGUCCUUGCUACAUGUCUGCUAGUUUUUGCGCAGAUAAUUUACGCAGAUACUGAAAAACUAAAAGUUCUACGUAAGGAUAUAGCAGAAUGUGCAAGAACACUACCAAAAUGCGAAAAUCAACCAGAUGAUCCGUUAGCUAGAGUCGACGUAUUGCAUUGUGUUUUAGCCAAGCGUGGCGUAUUUGACGACCCAGCUCCAGCUGCUAUAAAAAAAAAGGAUGAGAAAUAUUGCGCCAUAACUAUCACUGAUCCCGCUGAUGUGGAAAAUUGCAAGAAAGUUGUUUCUAGAUGUGUAGAUAAAGAGACUCAACGCCCAAGAUCCAACAGACAGAAAGCAAUAAAUAUAGUAGCAUGUAUUUUAAGAAGUGGUGUGGUGGAGACUACAGUGCUAGCCCGUGAACAACGAGACACAUAAAAAUUUAUUGGAAGUAUUUUUUUGGAGUUCUCUUGUUCUUGUAAUUAUUAACGUUGUGUUGGGUUAAUAACAAUGUGUUGGGUUAACAAUAAAAUUUUGUGCAUAUGAUAAUCA